AUGUCUGCUGCCGAGACUACCAGCUCUAUGGUUUUGAAAGAGGGAGAGUUGGAGAAAAGAAGCGACAAUCUGCUUCAGUUCUGGAAAAGAAAGACGUGCGUCUUGACGCCAGACAGUCUGAGCAUAUACCCUGACGCUCAGAAGAAAUCCAAAGGCAAAGAGUUGAAACUUCAGGCGAUUAAGAAAGUUGACUGUGUGGAGAGGACGGGGAAGUUCGUCUACUUUACCAUCGUCACCACUGACAACAAAGAGAUCGACUUCAGAUGCAUGGACGAGGAUGGAUGUUGGAAUGCUGUCAUCACCAUGGCACUUAUCGAUUUCCAAAACCGAAAAGCCAUUCAGGACUUCAAGUCACGACAAGAAUCAGAUAAUGCAUCUCCGGGGCUUCAAGACAGACACAUGGCGAGAGCUCCAUGA